AUGUCUCCUUCUAACGACCCCAUGUCCGGGCACCUCGGUCACCUUACCCCUGACCAGGAAGCAAAGGUGAUUGAAUUCUGGAUAAUCAUUUUGACCUCUAUUGCGACUGUCCUGUCGGCUGUGUAUGAUGUCCCGAUUCCGGAGGGCUCCUCCAGCAAGCUGUUUGCUGCUUUGGAAAAGAUCAACGAGCCGACGGUGGAGGCUAUUAUUAGCGCAUUGAAGGGCGAAGACACCAAUAAGCAGACCUCAAAUGGGACCAACCCUGUUCAAUCAAAUAACGAGACCAGCAGAGAAACCACUGUGGGAAGCAACUCCAGCAAUAAAGAGCAAAAAUCGAUCGACAAGGUGGACUCGUUGAUGAAUGAACAUGCCAAGGAUACUAUCAUUUCCGAAAUGGCCAACCGAAAGGUCACUCCGGCGCACUUUUCAUCUCUUUUUUCGCAGCUCCGAGAGCUAGGAGUGCAGGACGCAGAAAUCAAGUCUAUGCAGGAUAUACUGUCUAGGCUGACGCCCCAGGAGAUGUGCUUUGCGAUCUUGAAAAUGAUCAAGCAGGAACACCCAGAUAGCUUAUUGCUCCGGUUCUUGCGUGCCAGGAAAUGGGACGUCGGGAAGGCAUAUUCGAUGAUGACGUCGAACAUUCUGUGGAGGAAAGAACUGGAGGUUGAUGAAGAGAUUCUGCCCCAGGGAGAGGAAUAUGCUCUGGAGCAAUCCCGUAGUGCCACUGCUACGUCGAAGGAGAAGAAGGAAGGUGUUGACUUUAUGAACCAACUCAGGAUGGGAAAAGGUUUCAUCCAUGGCUUUGACAGGGAUGGUCGACCUGUUGUCUAUGUUAGAGUGAAGAUUCACAAGCCAGGUGCUCAGAGUGAGGAAGCUCUUGAGCGGUACAUUGUCCACAUGAUUGAGUCGGUGCGACUUGUAGUGGCUCCUCCGGUUGAAACGGGCACAAUUGUCUUCGAUUUGACAGGAUUCGGGUUGUCCAACAUGGAAUACCCUCCAGUCAAGUUCAUCCUCAAAUGCUUCGAGGCAAACUAUCCUGAGUCACUGGGGCAAAUGCUCGUUCAUAACGCUCCCUGGGUUUUCUCCGGAAUUUGGAAACUCAUCCAUGGCUGGAUGGACCCCGUUGUCGCAUCUAAAGUUCAUUUCACGCGGUCAAUCGCCGACCUGGACAAGUUUAUCCCGCGCAACAAAAUCCCCAAAGAGUUAUCAGGCGAUGAAGACUGGACAUAUAAAUACGACGAGCCCGCGAAAGGCGAAAACAUGAUUAUGAAAGACACAGAGACGCGCGACUCACUCAUGUACGACCGCAUGAUGAUUGGAAUCCGGAUGGUCACUACCACCGCAGCAUGGAUCUCUGCCAGCUCGGAUUCUGAUGUGAAGAAACAAGCGUCGGAAGUGGAGGAGCUCAAGUCGCGAAGGAAUGCGGUUAUUGAUGAGUUCCGCGUGAACUAUUGGAAGUUGGACCCUUAUAUUAGAGCACGGUCGUUCAUUGAUCGGACUGGGAUGCUUCUGCCUGGUGGUGACGGUAAGCGGGAUGUUAGUGCCAAUGGUCAGGCAAAAUAG